CUUAUUCUUAUUAUUAUUCCUCACUCCCUCCCUUCCUCCCUCCAUUUCCUUCUUCUAUUUUCCAAAAAUGGACCCCAAUUACAGAGGCGUUCGUAAGCGCAAAUGGGGAAAAUGGGUUUCCGAAAUCCGUGAACCGGGUAAAAAAACCAGGAUUUGGCUCGGUAGUUACCAUCUCCCCGAGAUGGCUGCCGCUGCUUACGACGUCGCCGCCCUCCACCUCCGAGGCCCCGACGCCCGCCUCAACUUCCCUGACCUCGCUGACUCAUUCCCCCGCCCUGCCAGCUCCUCCCCUGACCACAUUCAGGCCGCCGCCCACAUGGCUGCAUUGCGCUUCGCUAACACCUGCAAACCCCCCGAACCCCCUGCGCCGGUUCGGGUGGGGCUGUCCCCUAGUCAGAUUCAAGCGAUCAAUGAGUCGCCGUUGGAUUCUCCGACGAUGUGGAUGCAGAUGGCGGCGGAGGCGCUUUCUUUACAGCCUCGUGAAUGGGAUGAUGAAUAUAACUAUAAUAACAACAACAUGCAACUUCAUCAUCAUUCUAUUUGGGAUUAUUAAUUAUUCUAACUUAUUUAAUUCUUACUAUUAUUAUUACUAAUUAAUUAACUACUUUUUUCCCACUUUAAAUCAUCAUUUAAUAUAAUUGCACAAUACUGCUACUUAUAAAUUAUGUAAUUACUAUUUUUAUAUCAUUUUUAUGUAUAAGGUUUUAAUUGUUAUUAGAAGAAAAAAACGUGUGGAUUUUUUAUUA